UCUCCCCACCGUGGCCACGGCGUGGGAAGAACAGCGACCGGCCGCGAUGGCUGACGAGAUUGCCAAGGCUCAAGUGGCCCAGCCCGGUGGCAACACGAUCUUUGGCAAGAUCAUCCGCAAAGAAAUCCCGGCCAAGAUCAUUUUCGAGGACGAUCGGUGUCUUGCUUUUUAUGACAUUUCCCCUCAAGCACCAACACACUUUCUAGUGAUACCCAAGAAGCACAUAUCUCAGAUUUCUGUGGCAGAUGAUGAUGAUGAAAGUCUUCUAGGACAUUUAAUGAUUGUUGGCAAGAAAUGUGCUGCGGAUCUGGGCCUGAAGCAUGGGUAUCGGAUGGUGGUGAAUGAAGGUGCAGACCAGGGGCAGUCUGUCUAUCAUAUUCACCUCCACAUCCUUGGAGGUCGGCAGACGAACUGGCCUCCUAGUUAA